GCCUAGGUAGCCACAGCUGGCGUCGCGGGCGGGCGUCAGUCGCGAGCCAGCCAUGGCCUGCAACAGGAGCGUCGCCUUCAAGGCGGUCGAGCUGGUGCUGAGCGCGGCGUGCCUGGUGUUCAAGCGCGUGACGGACGACGAGGCGCGCCGGCAGCGGCUGGCAGACCUGCGGCUGGGCCGCGAGUGGCCGCUGUACCGCGCCGUCGCCAUCAGCAUCGACGGCUCCGUCGCCACCAACGUCGUCUUCGGCGCCUACGUGCUCAUCUCGCUCGCGCUCCUCGUCGGACACCUCACCGGAGAGCUGGGCCCCCAGCGCUGGCGCAUGGAGACGUUCCUACUGAUGGUGGGCGCCGGCGGCUUCGUGGUGGCGGCCAGCAUGGCGUACGUGACGCUGGACUCUGUGGUGCCGUCGCUGCUGGACAACGCGGCCGUGCUGGGCACUCUGGGGCUGGUGACGGGGCUCGUCUUCCUGGCCGACGCGCUCAUGCUGCUGUCCGCGCGACAGGCCAAGCCGGCGCCCAAGGAGCCGCCCAGGGAGCCGCCAAAGGCGCCGCCCGCCGCCAGGCACGACAAGGUGACGCAGACGCCGGCGGGCGAGGCGUACUCGCGCGUGUACACGGGCGGUCCGCUCAAGUCGUCGCUGCGGUCGCCGCGGCGCGUGCAGUUCCCGGCGCCGGGCGCGGAGGCAACGGCCACGCGGCCGCCGUCGCCGCCGCCACCGCCCUCCAGCAGCUCCGACGACGGGUCACCGUCGCCGCCGCAGAGGGACCGCGACGACAGCCCGCCGCCCAGCCGCAGCCGCAGUCGCAGCCCCGGGCCGCUGGCUGCAGCUGGAGCUGGAGCUGGAGCUGGAGGCGAGCCUUCCGCAGACGCCCCGCUGCGGCUGCCUGCCUUGGGGCCAGCUGUCCCUUUGCAGCAGCGACAGCGCACCCUGCAGGUGGUGGGCGAGCCGCUGGAGGUGCGCAGCUCUGGAGACAGCGCGCUGCUGGACUCGCUGCGCGCGCUGCGCGCCAUGGACAUCCCGCCGCCGCCCAGGGAGCCCCGCCGCGGCUCGCCGCCCAGGGACGCGCCGGCCGUAGGUGGCGAGAAGGACCGUGAGCUGGCCGAGGAGGUUCAGGAAUCGGCUGCGAGGGCGCAGCACCAUCGCCAGCUAUCGCAGCAACGGGAGGAGUCCCCGCUGAGUGCCCGCGAGCUGCAGCUGCUGGACUCUGGAAGAGACGAUGGAUUGUCCCCGGACUCCAGCAGGGACCGCGACCUGCUACAGAUGUUGGCACCACUGUCGCCGGCAGAGCGGGAGCGGCUGCUGCUGGACUCGCUGCGAGGCUCCGGCAAGUUCCGCUGGGGCCGGCGACAGCAGGAGCAGGUGUCUCCGCCGCCGCACUGGGGGUACGAUGCCAGGGUCGCCAACCGCGCGCACAGGGACCGGGAAUCCCCCAGCUCGCCGCUCGAUCCAGGCUACGUGCGGCACGCGGCGUCAAACUGGCCGGUGACGCCGCCAUCUGGGUCCCGUACGCCGCGCACACCGUCUCAGUCGCCCUCUGGCUCCGAGUCGUCCGGCUCUCCGCCCGCGGCAGGCCAGGCUGCGGGGGCGGCGCAGCGAGGGGGUGGCGUGGGCGGCCGGGCUCCGCGGCGCCGCGACAGCGACGACGACGACGACGACGAAGUGCCGGCGGGCGGCUCGCUGACGACGCAGCUGCUGCAGCGCUGGCUGCGCUCCAGGCACGCGCGUGUGGGGAAGACCACCUCACAGCCCUGAGCCACGGCCGCUUCGCAUGUCCUCAUAGUGCAUGCUGUGGUGUGACUCCAGGAAUCUCGAUUUGCACAUACGUCACGUGCAGUUAUACUGACACUUGCGUGCAGCUACUCCAAAAUGCCAUAAGUUCGUGCAAUCGAUAAUUAGUACACGGUUAUUGGUUUAAUAUGUAUUUGACAAAAUGUUUAAUAAGAUCGUGCUAUUGUUAUACUACAGUAAUUUUAGCAGUCCACCAUCAGUUGUAAAUAAACUCUAAUCUCCAGCAACGAGGUUCAAAACUGUAAAUAAAAUUCCACAUAUUGAAAGGGGCCAAUGCGGUAUUGCCUUUUACAAGACACUCCUCAGAGCGGAAUCUUAUUUCGCACUGUACACGCCACUUUCCGUAAAAAUGUCUAUUCACGUGUUCUUUGUGAUACAUAAUGAUUUAAUUUUUCAGAAAAACUAACUUGUUGAAAAAAUACUAGUAGUUACUGUCUGAGCACAGGAAACAUAAAUUUUACCUAUAUUAGGCAAAUAAAAACGAUAAUUUUCCAGGAGGGAACCUCACUCGUCAUACCACUCUCUCAAACUGAGGUGCUGUAGUAUGUUCAAAUACAAUUAGUUACUGUCUAAGCACAGGAAACAUAAAUUUUACCUUUAUUAGGCAAAUAAAUACAAUAAUUUUCCAGGAGAGAACCUCACUCAUCAUACCACUCUCUCAAACUGAGGUACUGUAGUAUGUUCAUUAGACACUGGACCCAUUUUUGGGACGACAGUCCUCUGAAUCCUUGCCCAGUCUUCCAUAUGUAGGUUUUUCUAAACCAUUUAAGAUGAAUGCUGAUAUGCCCAUUUCGAAAGGGCAUGGCUAAUUAUCUUCACCACUCUUCCCCAAUCUGAGCUUGUGCUCUGCCUCUAAUGAUCUCAUUGUUAACAGAAAAUUAAACCCAUAUCUUGAUUCUUUUCAGACAAUAUUUUUGCCAUCUUAGAAUCCAUUCUUUUUACUAAAUGAAAUAUUCAAAAAAGUUUUGAUCAGAAGCGCCAAUCUUCAGAGUUUUAACUGUUAAUUGCUAAAUAAAAAGACUAAUUCAUCCUCCGAUAAAAAUACGAGACUGAAAUUACAUUGUUCAUACGCAGUUUCAUUUCAAUUCCUCAUAGAGAGAUGCUCUUUUGUAAAAAUAUCAACAAAUUUCUGAUUGUUAACCUUUCUGUUGUUAAUGUACCCUAAACUUACUGAUAUUGUUCAGAAUGCAUUUUUAGGUACAAUUUUUCACCCUAGAUUCAUAGAUAAUUUUGUGCUUCCUACAUCUCCUUAGUGGGGAAAACACAUCUUAAUAUAAUAGCAAAAUUUACUUAUCAGCAAAGGUGGAAAUAUUACUAGGUAUCUACAUUUACACAUUUUCUCUGCAUGUCACCAUAACACAUGUUGAGAAUACAUCAUGUAUAAAUAUCAUUUUCCCACUUCCAUACACUGUUCUCUAAUGAUGAAUUGAAAGAUUAAUAAUUGUAAUGUAAUUUGUGAAAUUUUCUCAUACAGACUAAACAAAUGGUGACUAAUUAUUUAGCUCUUAUCUGAAUGUUCUCAGUCACAUUCACCAUCAAACAUGACAGGUAUCAUCCACUGUUAAAUAUAUUUAGGAUUCCAAUCUCGCUUCUAUUCCACAUCACAUUUCCUACUUCAGUGGAUUUUGUAACCAAAACAUUUUCAGUUGUUACUAUAUCAAGAGCAUUAUUUAAAAAUUAGCAUUGAAGAAUAACAAACACAUACACAAUUAUGCAGCUUGUUGAGAAGAACUAUACAGUUCAUACAGUAUGUGUUCAUUUAUUUUUCCUGCAUGUAUGAAAAUGAUUGUGAUUUAAUUGUAAUCAAAGCUCAGAACUGCUUAUUCAUCUAAACUAGAUUUAGAAGUUAGAAAGCAAAUAUAGUCAGCAGCCAAGAAUACUUGGUAGCAUUCACACCAUGCACAUUUUCUUUAGUGUUUUUUUAUGAAAACAAAUAAUGCAACACUUCUGCAAGUAGUUUACCUCAGAGAGAACCAUUAAAUUGUGAAUCUUCUUUUAUUUUAAGCUAAAUGGUCAGUACACUUCUACAUUCCCAGGGCCAACUCAGAACCAUUUCUAUCUUGUAGCUCAAGAGUGUUGUCUUGUCAGACCCAUUUACUGCCUUCAGAACCAUGUGGAGCUAUUAUAAUUAUUUUAUACCAUGAUAGCAGAUGUGUUGAAAAACACAAAUAAUGACAUUUAGGCCUGUUUAUUAUAUCAAAUUGCUAAAAUAAGCUGAGUACAUUUAUUCUCAUUCAAAUAUGGAAACCAUUUACCCAGAAAAUUAAUGAGGAUAGUAGGUAAUAAUUACACUACAUGCUAUAAGAGAUUAGACUGGCUGUACAUGAUCAGAAAAUGAAGGUAGAGAAAUAGACAGCUAAUUGUAACAUAAGGAAGGAACUGAAAGGGGAAAGAAAGAGAGAAUAACAAAACUGACUAAAGUGUUAUUCUCAGAAAUUUCUUUUUGGUCAACCAAAAGCUAAAAUUAUAUCACAAUUUUGUGGUAUCGUAUUUCAGUCACUGCAAACGAAGUGGACAAACUUUUUUAAGAGACCCUAUGUGCUAUUUAAAAUCAGAUACAUAAUUUUUCUACCACAAAAUAAAUAAUUUUCUGCAAACUGACAGUGGGACAUUUUAAUGUCAUAUAAGUCAUCCAUCAUAAUGACAUGAAUAUUAGAGUUGAGUUUUUGAAGCCAUUACUUUUUACAGAUCACAGAAAUAGAGUUUGUGGCUGACUUAAUCUAGUUGAAAUGUGUAAUGUCAGAAAUACAAUUGUUUUGUAGCCCUGUAACCUUGUAAAAUACAUUUAGCUUUAUGUAGUUUGCUAGUAGUAGAAUUCUAAAUUUGUCUGGUGGACAUUGUUAAGUGCAUCAAUUGUUUUGAAUAUAUUUAUAAUUCAAGUGAUCUUGUACUUUAAUUGCAAUUGCAAUUUUAUCUGCAAUUGAACAAUAUGUGUAAUAAUGACUGACUGUGCAAUAGCAAAAUAAAUAAUGCUAGAAAGGUGUUA